CGCCGGCUGCCUCGGCCUCCUCCUCGGCCUCCUCCUCGGCCUCCUCCAGCACCUCGGGCCUCCUCUUCCUCCUCGGGCCUCCUCCGUCGCCGCCGCCGCCAUGAUCCUGCUGGAGGUCAACAACCGCAUCAUCGAGGAGACCCUCGCCCUCAAGUUCGAACACGCCGCCGCCGGAAACAAGCCGGAGGCGGUCGAAGUGACUUUUGCAGACUUCGAUGGCGUCCUUUAUCACAUCUCCAACCCCAACGGGGACAAGACGAAAGUGAUGGUGAGCAUCUCGUUGAAGUUCUACAAGGAGCUGCAGGCCCACGGCGCCGAUGAGUUGCUGAAGAGGGUGUACGGGAGCUUCUUGGUCAAUCCAGAAUCAGGCUACAACGUGUCCUUGCUGUACGACCUGGAGAACCUGCCCUCCUCCAAGGAGUCCAUCGUCCACCAGGCCGGCAUGUUGAAACGGAACUGCUUCGCCUCCGUCUUCGAGAAGUACUUCAAGUUCCAGGAGGAGGGCAAGGAGGGGGAGAACAGGGCCGUCGUCCACUACAGGGACGACGAGACCAUGUACGUGGAGUCCAAGAAGGACCGGGUCACGGCGGUGUUCAGCACGGUAUUUAAGGACGACGACGACGUGGUCAUCGGGAAGGUGUUCAUGCAGGAAUUCAAGGAAGGGCGCCGUGCCAGCCACACGGCGCCCCAGGUCCUGUUCAGCCACCGGGAGCCGCCGCUGGAGCUCAAGGACACGGACGCCGCCGUCGGGGACAACAUCGGCUACAUCACCUUCGUGCUGUUUCCCCGCCACACCAACGCCAACGCCAGAGACAACACCAUCAACCUGAUCCACACGUUCCGAGACUACCUGCACUAUCACAUCAAAUGCUCCAAGGCCUACAUCCACACGCGCAUGCGGGCGAAAACGUCCGACUUCCUCAAGGUGCUGAACCGUGCGCGCCCAGAUGCUGAGAAAAAAGAAAUGAAAACGAUCACGGGGAAGACCUUUUCGUCCCGCUAAGGUCGGGAGCAGGAGGAGGAGCGGGGAAGCGCGAGCAGGAGGCGGUGACGGACGGAGGCCGGAGCGACCGUUCGGGAAGCGGCGUCCCUCCCGAUCCUCACGGAAGACACCCCGUCCGCCCCCCCCCCAGCCCGUCCCUCCCCCCCCAACCCGGUCCCCUUUCGUACACGUCGGGAAAAUAAUCUGCAGAAUCGAGCUGUGCUUGCAAGGACUUCAGAAUUCUCAAGAAUUAAAAAAAAAAAAAAAAAAAACCCGCAGGUGGGGGAAAUGAUUUCACUUCGAAUCGAUUCCUUUUCUCGAUCUCCCCUCCCCCCCCCGCCGCUCCCUCUUUCCGAGCUGUUUCGCUUUCGCAGUACGUUACUGGUGACGAGUUGCAGGAAAAUAUGCGUCGACUUGUGUUUCCUUUAAAUAUUUCGAGUUCCACACUCCUGUGUCUGAAGGACUGCGGUUGGGUCAUUAAUAAAGGACAUGUUUGUUUCUUA